AAAAAUGGAAGAUUCAAUUAUUAUUUUUAGUAUUGUAACACAACGUUUUGGAGUUCGAGUGUAAAAUGAUCAACACAUUUUUAUUGACCAUUGGCUGUGCAGUGGUCCUGCUGUCUGGACAGGCAAGUGCAUGGCUAUUUGAAAACUCACACAGUCAGUGCCAUGGAGGAAAGCCUUAUUACUUCGGUACGACCGAUCUCCUCUGUAAACUCGGUCGUAGAUCGGUCCGUGCUCCCAGUCGUUUUUCCCUCGGACUCAGUCACGGCUGGAUCCUCUUUGACGGAGAGUACUUCGAAUGGGGGGUCAGCGGCGACUCUUACCACUACGGCCCCACCCUAACGGACGCUGACCACUGCAAAACCGUGCGCGAGAGUCAGCCAGCGGGAUACAGUCAGCUGGACAGGGCGUGUAUAGAGAAAUGCGCACGCUCCUACAAAGGUAGAUACGGCGCUUAUCAUCUUCUGACGAACAAUUGUCAUGAUUUUGCCAACAGGAUCUCGGAGGUUUUAUGUAACCACACCCAGUGUCCAGACUGGUGUCAGUAGACCAGCAGGUUCUGACGCUGACUCGGUGAAACUAGUACCUGAUGAUUUUGUUUAUAAAUUGUUAGUGUUACAAUAAUAUGAAUAAAACUUAAACGGCUGAU